CAAUCGACAUCUGCUGUGCGCAACUGGUUUCGGCCCCGCCGAGAGUCAGAUACGUGAGCUGACUCGCGACCCCCCCAAUCCGGCCGACCCGAAUAUCGUAGCCGUUUUGGCUCAAGCACUUUUCAAGGGUCCUGCCAGAGAACCCACCCCGUCGCUAUCUGAGCGACCGCCAGCGCGCCCGACACCGAAACCCACGGGACAGCAGACAUGGCCGCCAACUCAGGCACUAGCCCCGCCGCGCCUGAUCAGCACACGAUGGUUGUCGCCGCGGGCACAGUCUGGAAGAACGUGAGCAGCAACAACAUCGAAUGCCGGACCGAGCCAGACGUGGAGAAGAAGGCGGGCAAGACGGUCAAGGCGGGGGAGACGAUCGUUGGCGUCAUGGAGGUGGACUGGCUGAAAACCGAAGACGGCUUGUUCCUCCCUGCGAAGCACCCGGUGACGGGGUCUGCUCUGUUCGAGUUGGCCCCGCCGCCUGCCCCGCCCAGCUGGAAGAACGUGAGCGGCCGCAACAUCGAGUACCGGACCGAGCCAGACAUGGGGAAGAAGGCAGGCAUGACGAUCUCGCCUGGGCAUGUGGUGGCUGGCGUGCUUGAGGGCGGGUGGUUGAAGACCACCGACGGCCUGUACCUCCCGGCGACGCACCCGACGACGGGCGCUGGGCUUCUCGCCCCCGCCCAGCCAUCGUCCGUGGCUGUGGCCGGCGGCGCAGAGCCACCGGGGGCCCCGCCCGGCGGCGCCUGGACGGAAGCGAAUUACAUAGGCCCAGUGACGCUCUGCAUAUAUUGCUUCUGCUUCUGGCCCAUCGUUAUAUGCCCGAUCGACUCGAAGCAGGUCUACAGGGCCCCAGACGGCAAGAUGUACAACCCCAGCGGCAAAGAGUUCGACCGAUGCCUCGGGGGGGAAUGAGCCUGCCCCGCUGUUUUUUCCAGCCAGGCGCAGCUGAAGACUCUCAGGACCCGCCAGUUUGCCUCCUGCUGUUCCUCGAGCCGACGGUCGGGGAGCGCGUUGGCCGCGCUACCACGUUGCCGGCGUGCCCCCCACGGGCUCGGAGGAGCACGGCUUUGUGGUGCACAGUACCGCGAGCGCCGAUCCUAAUUUUCGCAGGCUGUUUUUCUGAACAUUUUCACGUGCGGGCUCCUUGAUACGUGCUUCAUGCCGAUUUCACAGGCAGCGUCUCCAUGCUCGCUGUUUCUUUGGCGAGGGUGACGAGAGGAGAGAAGACGACACGCAGGAGCAGGAGAAGGAGGGCUCGCUUCCUUCUUUCCGUCUUCCGCUGAAGCAUUGCUUGCUGGCGAGUGGCGAGGAGAGGAAAAACAUCGCCCGACCCGAAUAGGGACGGGGAGAACGUGUUGGGGACAAAGGAGCUGUACGGAGGUCCUGGGGAGCGCUCGGGGCUCUCAGGGUUUUGAGGAGCGCUCAAACAAAAAGAUCAGGGCGCGGGGACUGGCGACGGUUCCCGUUUUCACACACACUCGAGCCGUUCCGUCGCUCAAUCGGG